AUGGUUAGGAAGUGGAUAGGGCCCACCGUUCGAAGACCAGAGAACGACACGGCCAAGAACGCGUUCACUUGGACCGCACGGGAGCAGGCGAUGGGAUGGCGCUGUGCUGAGCAUGUGGCCGUGGGCAAGGCGGUUGCAUCUCACCACGCCGGCAGCCGACGAGCCGUCAUCCAGGAAACACAAACUAGCUGUCAGUAUGAGCAGAGUUUAAUUUGGUUUUUGAAUCAUCCGCUAGGUGGCGCUGUGCCGAGCAUGUGGCCGUGGCCAAGGUGCUUGCACCUCACCACGCCGGCAUCCGACGAGCCGGCACCCAGGACACAUAAACUAGCGGAAUGGGUGAUGAACUUAACUGGUCGUGAGCCCCAACCGAAGGUUGUCGAUCCCGGAGGAGAGCUGCAAAUCAUGUUGUCUCCAAUCGACAAAAAUGUUGGCGACGUCUGCCUCCUCGAAGAGAGCCCCUUCAGGAUCCUUCGGCUUAACGUUAAUUUUGUCCCACAGGCAGCAGAAAGCGGUAACGCGGAAGACUUCAUGCGAUUAUAUCUAAGCGAGCCUUCACGUUUGGCCGUCCGGGACGUCAGGGGGCGCACUGUCGCGCACCAGGCUGCCGCCAGGAACACCACCAACAUCCUGCACAUCAUCACCAACUAUGGCGGAGAUCUAAACGCACAAGACAAUAAUGGAAACACGCCGCUGCACGUGGCCGUGGAGAAUGAGGCACUGGACGCAAUUGACUUCUUGCUGCAGCAGCACGUGGAUACUGGCAUUAGGAACGUGAAGUGCCAGGCGCCUAUACAUCUGGCUACUGAGUUGAAUAAGGUGACGGUGCUCCAGACCUUCGCCAAGUACAAGAGCCAGUUUAACGUGGACCUGGGAGGCGAGCACGGCCGCACCGCGCUCCACUUCGCAGCUAUACAUGACCACGACCUGUGCGCCAGAGUUCUGAUCACCGACUUGGGCGCCAUCUGCAAGCGGCCGUGCAACAACGGUUACUACCCCAUCCACGAGGCCGCCAAGAACGCCUCCUCACGCACUAUGGAGGUGUUCCUGCAGUGGGGGGAGUCCUUAGGGUGCACUCGCGAGCAGAUGAUCUCGCUAUACGACAACGAGGGCAACGUGCCGCUGCACUCGGCGGUGCACGGCGGCGACAUCAAGGCCGUGGAGCUGUGCCUGCGCUCCGGCGCAAAAAUAUCUACACAGCAACAUGACUUAUCUACACCGGUGCAUCUGGCGUGUGCCCAGGGCGCUCUAGAAAUCGUCAAACUGAUGUUCACGAUGCAGCCGAAAGAGAAGCUGGCCUGCCUCACCUCUUGCGACGUCCAGCGCAUGACGCCCCUCCACUGUGCCGCCAUGUUCGAUCACCCGGACAUCGUUGACUACCUGGUGAAGGAGGGCUCGGACAUCAACCCCCUGGAUAAGGAGAGAAGAUCUCCCCUUCUACUGGCUGCCUCCAGAGCAGGGUGGAGGACAGUUCAUACACUGAUCCGCCUGGGUGCCGACAUCCGACUGAAGGACAUCAACUCCCGCAACGUAUUGCACCUAGUCGUGAUGAACGGUGGCAGGCUGGAAGAAUUUGCUGCCAACUGCAAGGACCGCUGCGAGAAGAGCCUAGCCCAGCUCCUGAACGAGAAGGACAUGACCGGCUGCUCUCCCCUCCACUACGCGAGCCGAGAAGGCCACAUCAGGUCCCUAGAGAACCUGAUCAGAUUAGGAGCCUGCAUUAAUCUGAAAAACAACAACAAUGAGAGCCCUCUGCAUUUUGCUGCCAGAUACGGGCGUUACCACACCGCCUGCCAGCUUCUUGACUCAGACAAGGGCACAUUCAUCAUCAAUGAGAGCGACGGCGAGGGCCUGACGCCGCUGCACAUAGCGUCGCGCGAGGGCCACACUAGGGUCGUGCAGUUGCUGCUGAACCGAGGGGCCCUACUGCAUAGAGACCACAACGGCAGGAACCCGCUGCACUUGGCCGCGAUGAGCGGUUACACGCAGACCAUCGAGCUGCUGCGAUCCGUGCACUCGCAUUUGCUCGACCAAGUGGAUAAAGAUGGGAACACACCCCUCCACCUAGCCACGAUGGAGAAUAAGCCCAACUCCAUAGCCCUGCUGUUGUCUAUGGGGUGUAGACUGAGCUAUAACAAUAUGGACAUGAGCGCCAUCGAUUACGCCAUCUAUUACAAGUUCCCGGAAGCCGCGCUGGCGAUGGUCACUCACGAACAGAGGGCCCACGAAGUAAUGGCGCUAAGGUCCGACCGGCACCCUUGCGUCACGCUGGCCCUGAUCGCGUACAUGCCCCGCGUGUUCGAGGCCGUCCAGGACAAGUGCAUCACCAAGGCUAAUUGUAAGAAGGACUCUAAGAGCUUCUACAUCAAAUACAACUUCGAAGCCCUUUGCCCCGUCCUAACGGACGACGAAACGAAGAAACAGGACGCCGUCCCCAAAUCCCAGACCGUACCGCUCCCAGCGUUGAACAUUAAGUAUUCUUUUGGCAACUACCAACACUCAAAGGAGGAGAUUGACGCGCUGAGGGUCGCGCUGAACGACCCGAAGUAUAGACCUGAACCGUUGUCAGUUGUCAACGCGAUGGUCGCCCACGGAAGAGUAGAACUCCUCGCUCACCCUCUGAGCCAGAAAUAUCUUCAAAUGAAGUGGCACUCCUACGGGAAAUACUUCCAUCUAGCCAACUUACUAUUCUACAGCAUAUUCCUAACGUUUGUCACGGUGUAUUCCUACUUGUUAAUGGUGAAUACUGACUCCAACUUCGAUGGCGAGAAGAGACAUAACAUGUAUUUCUCCGCAGAUUUCGAGGUUCUAGUAACGAUGUACACCAGCACGGUAGCCAUUUUGAUUCACAACGCGCUCUGCCUAGUACUAGGCGCGUAUAAGAUGAAGGAGCAGAAAUGGCACUACAUGGUCGAUCCGUCAAAUCUGGUGUCGUGGGUGCUGUAUAUAUGUUCCACGAUCAUGGUUCUACCGACGGUGCUUGGGUUUUACACUGAGAUUCAGUUCUCCGCCGCCUCCAUCACCGUGUUCCUGUCCUGGUUCGAGCUGCUGCUCCUGCUGCAGCGGUUCGACACGGUUGGCAUCUACGUGGUCAUGUUCCUGGAGAUCCUGCAGACGCUGCUCAAAGUGCUAAUGGUGUUUUCCAUACUGAUCAUCGCCUUUGGACUCGCCUUCUUUAUACUGCUGUCGAAAGGUCACCACUUAUCUUUCAACAGCAUACCUAUGUCUCUGAUGCGGACCUUCGCUAUGAUGUUAGGCGAAAUAGACUUCGUCGGGACUUACGUUCAACCCUACUACGAAUCAGAGACCGAUAGGAUCCUACCGUUUCCUAUGCCCACAUUUGUGAUUCUGGGGACCUUUAUGGUGUUAAUGCCGAUUCUUCUGAUGAAUUUGCUGAUCGGUUUGGCGGUUGGCGACAUUGAGAGUGUUAGGAGGAACGCGCAGCUGAAAAGAUUGGCUAUGCAGGUGGUGUUACACACGGAGCUGGAGCGGAAGCUGCCCACCAUCCUCCUCGAGAAGGUGGAUAAGAACGAGCUGAUCGAGUACCCCAACAACAAGAACUGCAAACUUGGCUUCCUGGACCUCAUACUGAGGAAGUGGUUCUGCAAUCCCUUCACUGAUGAUGCCAGUCUUGACCUCGUACUGGAGAGCAGUGAGGACUACAUCAGCGCAGAACUAGACAAGCAGAAGAGAAGAUUACGGGAGAUGUCGCAGCUUCUAGAACAACAGCACACGCUGAUACGGCUAGUGGUACAGAAAAUGGAGAUAAAAACAGAAGCCGAUGACGUAGACGAGGGCGUAUCCCCGGGUGACACCCGCGUGGUCCCGCGGUGGAGCUCCCCGCGCAUCCGCAAGAAACUGCGGACAGCGUCAUCGUUUAACAAAAACUAAAUACUUUUAACAGCACCAUCUAUCGACGGGAGUUUGUACUAACGAUACAAAUAAGAGAGACCUCUCUAGCUACAUUUUUGUCUUUUACAUCAGGACUUGUGAUCAAUUUUCGCUAUCCGACUGAUAAACAAGGAAGGGUAAUGUUUUUAGAUUGUCUGUAUGUGGGUAUUUACAUUUGGGUGGGUACAGCGACAUCAGAUAUAUUGUAAGAGCCAAGGUGGCGACAAAUAUAUAAAGUACAUGUUCAGAUAUUUUUGAGCACCUUGCGUGGCCGCUCACUAUAUCUGAUCACGACUGUGCCUAUAUUUUUUUGGCUUGGAAGAUUCAGGUUGAUGGAUUUAACGUACCUAUCCUAUAAUAUUACUAAAAUCGUCUCACAGGAGAUGUAGGAUAUCUGAUGGCUCCUCUACACGAUGGCCCAGCGCUGGACCAGCGAGAUGGCCAUGGGAUGGUUAUGGCUCCUCUAUAUAAUGGCCCAGCGCUGGACCAGCGAGAUGGCCAUGCGAUGAUUGAGAGCACGUACUGUGGGAUGGGCCACGUGUAGAUGCUUCCGCACUAUCGCUGGCCCACCACCUUUGAUGUGCGGAUGAAAAACCGACACCGUGGCCAUCCCAUCGCCAUCCCGCCGCGCCAUAAGCCAGUUGACAUUAUAAACCUGUUUUAUAUUUAAUUAUUUAUUACUUGUAUUUCCAUAAGAAAUAUAAUAAAACGCCAGGGGAAUGAAACGAAUAACCGAAUUAUGAAUUUGAUCAGGAUUUGUUAUGGAUUAAACAUUAUAACCUGUAGUUACAAUCAGAAUACGCCUCCAUCGCUCCCUUUAUCUCAUAAGUGCUCAGGUACAUGGAGUCGCUACUCCCCGUACACGUGUCUUGGAUAUUUGGGUAAGCGCACUAAAUAUUGGGCUGUGGAAUAAAAAACUGGAAGUAUCAUUACCCUGUAUUUAAUAAAUUAAUUUAAAUGUAUACUUAUUUUAUGAGUACCUUAGAUUGUUUGAUGUUUAGGAAUGUAUGUAAAACUAAGACGCUGUUAAUCUAGAAUACGACAAAUAUUAAUGUUUUUAGUAAUUUAAUUAUAUGUACGACCAGUUUUAUAAAAUAUAAGAUAAUUUUUUCAUUUAGGAGCCAAGCUCGUGUUUUUCACGUAUUAUAAGUACAAGUUAUCUAUUAUUUGCAUUUUUUUAUAAGUAUAUAUUUAGUAACAUGUUUUUGUUAAUUAACAUAUAUGUAUAUUUUUAUUUAAAUAAUACAUCAAGAUACGGCAACCGACUUCAAAUCGAAUAAUUAAAAAUACAUUAUUUCAUAUCUCAUUAUUCCGCAUAUAAUCGUAUCUUUGUAGUAAUAGUAGUUUUACACACAUAUUUUCACAAAUAAUCGCUUUGAAAGUCAAAAAAUGUCUCUCCGACUUUAAAAACGUAUGACCAAAAUUAAAUAAGUCAAGGUAGAAUUAAACAAUAUAAUCCAGUCCGGGCGAUAAAUUAAACCAGAUAUAUAAUUUAUAAUAUAAUUAUAUUCUAUAUAAUUUAUAUUCUAUUCUAAGAAGUUAAACUUAAUUAUGACACCGUACCUAAUUAAUUUAUGAAGACUUACCGAGCAGCAAAGUACUGCAAACAUUACGAAAUACGAGCUUUGGUAACUGCCAACAAGCGUUGACAGUUAUUUUAAAAAGCUCGUAUCUUUCUUUUGUGCUGCUUUACAUUGCGGGCCGAAUUAUUUUGUCUGGUUUACGCUUACUCUUCUCUUAGAUGUAGACUACGAAAAUAAUAGUAUUUUUGGUAACAUAACCGUUGUAUGGAGCGAGCACUCUUGGUCUUCUUAAUUCUCCUUGCCCUAGUGUAAAUUUAUUCGAGAGCGGGACGUGACGUACGCGUUUGC